UGACUGACUGGACACAAUGAACAACACAGUUGCAAAUUCUCGAGCCGCCAUGUCUGCAUCUAAAUACACCUUACAGUGUAAUUCGCAUCAAUGCCGGGCAAAGCUGAGUGGGUUCGCGUGGGUCACGGCCUGCUCUCAUGUGUUCUGUGAUCAACACGGUUCGGUAGAGUUCAGUCGCACACCUUCAGUUUGUCCCGCUUGCUCCACCAUGCUUUCAGGAAAACUAGACGUGCUGAGAACAGAGCUGGCACCAUCUGAGCAAUACAAGGCUAUGGUUUUGGUCGGACUGCAACCUGAAACGGUUUUGGAGAUCAGUCAUAAAGCACUAGUCUUUUGGACCUACCAGGUAAACCAGGAGAGGUUGCUGAUGGAGUACAAUAUGUCCAGGGCUGGGGGACAAAUGCUCCAGAUGGAGAAGUUUAUGAUCCAGCAGAACCAGAGCAGAGAGCUCGAGUUAAAUGCAUUAAGGGGGGAGAUCGCAUCACUGAAAAAGGGGCUGGAGGAAUACAAGCAGAAGUACAAUGAGGUUUUGGAGCGACUGAAUGAACGGAACAAGCAAUAUCAGAAGCUGCAGGGACUUCUCGACUCGCUUCGUAUGCACACUCUGGGAAUAGGAGAGAAAGAUCCCACACCCCACACUUUCACUACAGGGUUGGUCAAACAACACUCUCCCCAUAGUCCUUCAUUCCUGAGACCAGACAGCGACAGGUUUUUCUCAUUGGGACCAGAAAAUACUCAAAGUUUCUUCCAGUUCAACACACCCACCCGUGACAGAACCCACUCUUUCAUCAAGAAACACUGAGGUCACCAGGAGCUGUAUCAGCCUUUUUUUCCCCCAUUUAUGAAUUCUGAUUCCAGUUCUUACGGCCAAGUAUGGUUGUUUCUGUUUAGUUUUUCAUGUUUUUUCAAACGUGUUAUUUAUUGAUAAAGCUGUUG